AUGGGAUCUCAACUUUCAAGAUCUGGAGUGACAAUGGAUAGCACAGAACCUUCCUCUAAUGGAAACAUCCAGAAUGAGAAGGACUCAAAGAAGAAAGAAUCUGUUUCAUUGAUGGGUUUGUUUGGAGCAGCAGAUAAACUUGAUUGCUUUCUGAUGAUUAUAGGCAGUUUAGGUGCGUGUACUCUUGGCGCUACGCUUCCUCUCUUCUUCGUAUUCUUCGGGAAAAUGCUAGACUCUCUUGGCAAUCUUUCUACAGAUCCUAAAGCCCUAUCUUCCCGCGUUUCAAAGAAUGCUCUAGACUUGGUCUACUUAGGACUGGUGACUUUUGUAUCAGCCUGGAUCGGGGUGGCUUGUUGGACGCAAACAGGGGAAAGACAAACAGCUAGAUUGCGUAUAAACUAUCUAAGAGCAAUCUUAGCGAAAGACAUUACUUUCUUUGACACAGAAGCUAGAGAUUCAAAUCUCAUUUUCCACAUCUCAAGCGAUGCUAUAUUGGUUCAAGAUGCAAUUGGUGAUAAGACAGGCCAUGUACUGCGGUAUCUAUCUCAGUUCAUUGCCGGAUUUGUGAUUGGUUUUUUGUCCGUAUGGCAACUAACGCUGCUCACACUAGCAGUGGUUCCAUUGAUAGCAAUUGCAGGAGGAGGGUACGCUAUUAUCAUGUCUACAAUCUCAGAAAAGAGUGAAGCUGCUUAUGCUGAUGCAGGCAAAGUAGCAGAAGAGGUUAUUUCACAGGUGCGAACAGUGUAUGCAUUUGUAGGAGAAGAGAAAGCUGUAAACACAUACUCAAACUCUCUCAAAAAAGCUCUGAAACUCUGUAAACGAAGCGGUCUUGCUAAAGGUUUAGGAGUUGGAUUAACGUACAGCCUCUUGUUCUGUGCUUGGGCUUUGCUUCUGUGGUACGCUAGUAUUCUUGUACGCCACGGCAAAACCAACGGUGCAAAAGCCUUCACUACGAUCCUUAACGUCAUUUUUAGCGGAUUCGCCUUAGGUCAAGCUGCGCCUAGCAUAUCAGCUAUUUCCAAAGGCAGAGUUGCUGCUGCAAAUAUAUUCAGAAUGAUAGGGAACAAGAAUCUUGAAGGUUCUGAAAGAUUAUACGAGGGAACAACUUUGCAAAAUGUAGCUGGGAAGAUCGAGUUUCAUCAAGUGUCUUUCGCUUAUCCUUCCAGACCAAACAUGGUGUUUGAGAAUCUUAGUUUCACUAUACGUUCAGGCAAGACAUUUGCGUUUGUCGGUCCAAGUGGUUCAGGGAAAAGCACAAUCAUAUCAAUGGUUCAACGUUUCUAUGAACCAAACUCAGGGGAGAUUCUUUUGGAUGGGAAUGACAUCAAGAGAUUGAAGCUGAACUGGUUGAGAGAACAGAUGGGUUUAGUGAGUCAAGAACCGGCUUUAUUCGCCACAACCAUAGCUUCCAAUAUUCUUCUUGGUAAAGAGAAUGCUGAUAUGGAUCAGAUCAUUGAAGCUGCUAAAGCAGCCAACGCAGAUUCGUUCAUUAAAUCAUUACCUAAUGGUUACAAUACUCAGGUUGGAGAAGGAGGAACUCAGCUCUCAGGAGGACAGAAGCAAAGGAUUGCUAUUGCUCGAGCGGUUCUAAGGAAUCCAAAGAUACUACUCUUAGAUGAAGCAACGAGCGCUCUUGAUGCUGAAUCAGAGAAGAUUGUGCAGCAAGCACUUGACAAUGUGAUGGAGAAAAGAACAACACUAGUAGUUGCACAUAGAUUAUCCACCAUUAGAAAUGUUGACAAGAUUGUUGUAUUGAGAAAUGGUCAGGUUGUGGAAACCGGUAGCCACUCAGAACUGAUAUCAAGAGAAGGAGAUUACGCAGCUCUUGUGAAUGGCCAAGAGACAGAACCUCGAGAAAACCCUAGAUCAAUAAUGUCGGACGCCGGUAAGUCUCAAGCUGGUUCGUCUAGUUCAAGAAGAGUGUCUAGCUCAAGAAGGACUUCAAGCUUCAGGGAUGUUCAAGAGAAGACUGAAAAAGACUCUGAUGGUGAAGAUUUAAGCUCAUCUUCGACGAUUUGGGAGCUUAUAAAGCUGAAUGCUCCAGAGUGGCCAUAUGCGUUACUUGGCUCAAUUGGUGCAGUUCUUGCAGGAGCACAAACUCCAUUGUUCUCCAUGGGGAUUGCUUAUGUCUUAACCGCGUUUUAUUCGCCUUCUCCUAGUGUGAUCAAGCGUGAUGUUGAUAAGGUAGCUAUUGUCUUUGUUGCCAUUGCAGUUGUAACAGCUCCUAUAUAUCUCCUUCAGCAUUACUUCUAUACACUUAUGGGAGAGCGUCUUACUUCUAGGGUUCGCUUAUCCCUCUUCUCAGCUAUUCUUUCAAAUGAGAUUGGAUGGUUUGAUUUAGAUGAGAACAACACUGGCUCACUCACUUCAAUCUUAGCUGCUGAUGCAACUUUGGUGAGGAGUGCUCUAGCUGAUCGCCUCUCGACAAUAGUCCAAAACCUCUCUCUUACAGUGACAGCAUUAGCAAUAGCCUUUUACUACAGUUGGCGUGUUGCAGCUGUAGUAACUGCUUGUUUCCCUCUUCUCAUUGCUGCUGCACUUACCGAGCAACUCUUUCUAAAAGGCUUUGGGGGAGAUUACACAAGGGCUUACUCCAGAGCAACUUCAGUGGCGCGUGAAGCAAUUGAGAAUAUAAGAACUGUGGCUUCGUUUGGUGCUGAGAAGCAGAUAUCGGAACAGUUUGCUUGUGAGCUAAGCAAACCCACCAAGAGUGCCUUUCUCAGAGGCCAUAUCUCUGGAAUUGGAUAUGGUUUUUCUCAGUUUCUUGCGUUCUGUUCCUACGCUCUUGGUCUCUGGUACGUCUCGGUUUUGAUUAAGCAUAAGGAGACGAAUUUUUCGGAUAGUAUCAAGUCUUUCAUGGUGUUGAUCGUCACAGCUUUCUCAGUAGCGGAAACGCUUGCUUUGACACCAGAUAUCGUGAAGGGCACGCAAGCGCUUGGAUCAGUUUUUAGGGUUUUGCAUAGAGAGACUGAGAUACCUCCAGACCAGGCUAACUCAAGAUUGGUCACUCAGAUCAAAGGAGAUAUAGAGUUUAGAAACGUGAGCUUUGCCUAUCCGGCAAGACUUGAUGUCCCCAUUUUUCAAAACCUAAACCUAAGAGUCUCAGCCGGUAAAAGUCUUGCGGUUGUUGGACCAAGCGGUUCAGGCAAAAGCACGGUGAUUGGUCUGAUUAUGAGAUUCUACGACGCAGACAAGGGAAACCUCUGCAUCGAUGGGAAAGACAUAAAAACCUUAAACCUACGUAGCUUGCGGAAGAAGCUAGCGUUAGUCCAGCAAGAACCAGCUCUAUUUUCAACAACCAUUUACGAGAACAUCAAGUACGGGAACGAGAACGCGUCGGAGGCAGAGAUAAUCGAAGCGGCUAAAGCUGCGAACGCGCACGAGUUCAUAAGCAGGAUGGAAGAAGGGUACAAGACGCACGUGGGUGAAAAGGGAGUGCAGCUAUCAGGUGGUCAGAAACAGAGAGUGGCUAUAGCAAGAGCGGUUCUAAAGGAUCCUUCAGUGCUUCUUCUUGAUGAGGCAACGAGUGCUUUGGACACGACCUCGGAGAAACUGGUCCAAGAGGCGCUAGACAAGCUUAUGAAGGGACGAACCACGGUGCUUGUGGCUCAUAGGCUAUCGACCAUAAGAAAAGCAGACACGAUCGCUGUUUUGCAUAAAGGAAGAGUUGUGGAGAAAGGAAGUCAUGGAGAGCUUAUUUCCAUAUCUAAUGGACAUUAUAAGCAGUUGACUAGUCUUCAAGAAGUGGUAUGACUUACAACCGUUGAAGUUUCUUCUGCCAUUUUUAUUUUGAUAAGUAUACACAAACAGACACUACAUUAUGAUUGGUUAUACAAUUGUGUCAGGAAUAUCAAAACCCACAAACUUUUGUAAAACAUUAUGGGAAGUAAAAUAACACAGGAUGUAAUUUAUUGGCUCUUCAAAAUGAAUGUGUUGCUAGAUAUUGUUCUUGUGACAAUCU